AUGGUCAAAGCAGCCUCUCGCAAUCCCGCAGAUACUGACCCGCCAGCCUCAGAAACAGGCAUCCGUAUCGGCAAAUACAAUAAUUGCACCCUCAUUGCAGAUGGGGUCACGUCUGAAGUAUAUCGGUCGGACAAACAUGUCCUGAAAGUUAUUGUCCAGCACAAUAUCGAGCCGCAUGACCCAAAGAGAGAAGCGGCGAUUCUCCAAGAACUCCAUUCUCUAAUCCCUUCAGCCGAACAGAUCAUCAACCUUACAGAGACAUUUCGGGACCGUGAGCAACGCUUUGUUCUAGUUUUCCCUUACAUUCCCAUGACGCUAGGUCAUGUCAUCUCUUCCGGGUCGAUACCACUUCAUCACACAAGGUCCAUAUUUAGGGAUAUUAUCAGCGGGCUAGCAUUCAUACACAGACAUGCCAUUAUCCACAGAGAUAUCAAGCCCUCAGCCAUACUCUUACAGUCCCCUUCUGGACCAUCAUGUAUAUCUGAUUUUGGGACUGCCUGGCAUCCCCGACUAUCUAGCUAUACCGAACCACAAGAUGACAAGAUCCUCGACAUUGGGACGGGAGCGUAUCGCGCUCCAGAGGUACUGUUCGGGAAUAAGGGCUACGGCACGUCCGUCGAUAUGUGGGCCUUGGGCGUCAUGCUUGCAGAGGUUGUUUCGACGCCGCCGGUACCGCCAUUUGAAUCGCGUCCUGCGCACGAAGACGGGAAUCAGCUCGGUCUUAUACUGAGCAUUUUCAAGACAAUGGGCACUCCGACGCCAGACACGUGGCCAGAAGCAAAAGGGUUCAAGGUCACACCGUUUGAGCUUUGGACCGUAUUUCCACAACGUGACUGGGCUGAUAUUUUGCCUGCAGUGGAUGGGGAGUUUAGAGACCUUGUGAGCAGGCUGGUGUGCUUUGAGUCCAGCAGGAGAGAUGGCGCCGAGGAGGUAAGUGAUACAUCCUGA